AUGCAGAUCUCCAAGAAGAAAAGCUAUCCAUCUCCAUCCUGGAAUAGUGAUCCCAAAAAUGCCCAUAUGCUGAUUCCUACUCCAGAUAAAGAUGAUGAUCCAGUUGGUGUUGAUUACUCUCAGUUUCCUCACCUAAGUCUUGUUCGAGCUAGAGCUUCACCAUUACCAGUUCUUGGCUGGGCAAACAGAGACGACGUAUGGAAAAACAUGAUAAAAAAAGAGGAGACGUAUGUGAGGGAUAAAUUUUAUAUGCAGAGGCACCCUCUCCUGCAACCUAAAAUGAGAGCAAUCCUUCUAGACUGGCUAAUGGAGGUUUGUGAAGUGUACAAGCUUCACAGAGAAACUUUUUAUUUAGCACAAGAUUUCUUUGAUCGGUUUAUGGCAACACAACAUGAUGUUGUAAAAACACUAUUGCAGCUUAUUGGUAUCUCUUCUUUAUUCAUAGCAGCAAAGCUUGAGGAAAUUUAUCCACCAAAGUUGCACCAGUUUGCCUAUGUUACAGAUGGAGCUUGUACAGAAGAUGAAAUCCUCAGUAUGGAAUUGCUCAUUAUGAAGGCUCUCAAUUGGAACUUAAGUCCGCUGACGGUUGUAUCAUGGCUGAACAUUUACCUGCAGAUUGCAUAUUUAAACAAGCUUUAUGAGGUAUUGCUGCCACAAUAUCCACAGCAAAUAUUUGUACAAAUAGCAGAGCUCUUGGAUCUCUGUCUGCUGGAUAUUGGCUGCUUGGAAUAUACAUAUGGAGUACUUGCAGCUUCUGCUUUGUAUCACUUCUCCUCAUCUGAGUUGAUGCAGAAAGUUACAGGUUAUGAAUGGUGUGAGGUAGAGGAAUGUGUAAAAUGGAUGGUUCCAUUUGCAAUGGCUAUAAGGGAAGUAGGAAGCUCCAAACUCAAACACUUUAGAGGUGUAGCUCCUGAAGACAUGCACAAUAUACAGACACACAUAAAUGGCUUGGAUUUGCUGGAAAAAGCUCAAGCAAAUAAAGCCAUGUUGUCUGAGCAGAAUAGGACCUCACCUUUCCCCACUGGUGUCCUUACACCACCACAAAGUAGUAAGAAACAGUCUUCUGGACCAAAGCCAAUAUGACUUUAGAAACAGUUAACAGUGUUGCUGAAGUGCCUAUUCUGCUGGUUCUAACUCCUGCUCCAUUAUGGAAAUGCUGUCAGUGAAGUUCAUAAGCCUUUAUAGAAUCUGAAAAAGAAACCUUACUUUUUUUCAUGACAGAAGAAAUUUUCUAUUUGAAAUAUUUUUAUUGAACAUUAAAAUAUUUUAAAGAAGUGGAUCAAGUAUACCAGCCGCUUAAAAGAACACCGAAGAGUGCUACAGAUGCUGCUACAGAGGGUGAUGCUUGAUGUGACCAACUGUUCAGGAAAAGGGUUUGAAGUUUAGAUUAGUUACUGUGGCUGUUUGUCCUUUGGGUAAUCUGCAGUCAGACUGUCCUCCGCUGACAAACAGGCAAAAAGUGCUGUGGAAGACAAUGUUUCAAAGCCUCUUUCAAAUGGUUGGCUUACAACUUGAUGCCUUUAAAAACUCUUUAUUGUAAAUGCUGCUAUGUCUCUAUCCAUUUAGAAUAAAAAUGCUGUCUAAGACAGCUGGGUUUAUGUAUAUUCCUAUUUUUCUUUGAAUUAUGGUCAGCUAAGGUUUUUCAGAUUGUGACCACUAGUAGUGUGGGAGUUGGGGAUCAAUAAUGUAGUAACUAUCUCUUUAUUUAUUUACCACUACUGCUUAUCAAUUAAAACUUUUUUGGAUACUAAGGUAAAAUGGUCAUGUUAGGCUACUUGGAUUUCCCUUAGCCAGAUGCAGGUGGCUAGGGAGGGGAUAAUAAACAUGACAAGUAUAUGGGGAAUGCUUCCACAGCACACUUCCUAAUAAUCAGUGUACUGGGAAAUUCUUGAAUCGGAUUGUCUGCAUUGUUACGCUUAAUAGCAAGAAGUGAUCAGUAGGAGAAGCUUACCUUUUCUUAAAACAUAAUCAUUUAAACAUUGGGAUUUUGGUGUAGUCUUUGACAA